AUACAGAGAGACUGAACCUCUACUUCAGACUUCAAAGCUGCCUGAGAAGUGGUUGCCGCACCUGCACAGUAGCAGUCUGCUGUUCAGUUCUGCUCGCCGAGAAGCCAUGGCUGUGGUGGAGCUGAAGGUCGGGAUGCACUGCGACAGGUGCAUCAAGUCGAUCAAGAAGGCGAUCAAGACAAUCGAUGACAUGGAGAGCUACCAGCUCGAGAAGGAGACGAACAAGGUGACCGUGACGGGGAACAUCACUCCGGAGGAAGUGGUGAAGGCUCUGCAGAAGAUCGGGAAGACGGUAACUUACUGGGGUGAGUGAAGAACAGAGCCCGGAGGAAGACGGAACGGACGGGAGUCAGCUAGGUAGUCACUGUAUUUAACGAUGGGACAUCAGGAGCUAUUUGUUGUACUGCAGAUCGGGUAAUUUUGCUGAGUUUCUUUGAUGAAUUGGUAGAUGUUGGCUCUUCCCUCGAUUGUUCCUAAUUGACAGCGGCGUCGUUGAGUUGGGUUAACUCUUCUGUGAUGCCUAUAUUGAACUGAUGGCAGAAUCUUGUAGAGGAUGAACCCAACUUCUGUACGUUUCCACGGGGAACAUAUAUAUGUAUGUAUGAAAAAGAGUGAUAGGCCUGUCAGGAUUAGUUCCAGACUUUGAGUUUUCAUCUUAA